UAAGGGACAGAUGUGUGGGGAAGUGAUUUAUCAACUAUGGCAUUGAUGUUGGUGAUGGUGAUUUUUGAAGUUUUAACAUUAUUUUAGAUCCCGUUACAUCAAAAAAAUAGGAUUCAUGAGCAUUACUUGAUGUUUUUAUUAAAAUGCAUAUGACCACAAAAACUUCAAUAAAAAUUUGACACAAACUUGACUAAAGAUUUCCUGGUGAUAAUCAUACAACAUAAAUACGAUGAUGGGUAUAUUGUAUGAAAAGAGGCCCUUGAAAAGGCCGAGACUCGGCCCACCUGAUGUUUACCCCCAGGAACCCAAGCAAAAAGAAGAUGAGCUGACAUCAAUAAAUGUUAAACAUGGGUUCGCGACAAUGCCCCAGCUCUCGGAUGAAUUCGGGACCGCCAGAAAUUGCAAUGUAACAUCAGCUAAAGUCGGAGCUUACUUUAACGCGAUAAUGGCUAAAAAAGAAGAAUUAGCGACGAUGCCAGACACUGCUCGGAAAAAACAGCAAAUAAACACUAAAGAUAACUUCUGGCCUGUAACUGCCAGGAGUAGGAACUCCUUAGAAGCUUGGUUCAAAGAUCUCUCUGGGUGUAAGCCUCUGGUUGCUCUGGCGAAGAAAGCUCCUAAUUUCAACAAAAAGGAAGAAAUAUUUAUUAUGCUUUGUGAGUAUCAAGUUCCAAUGCUGAGAGCCGCUUGGUUUAUCAAGUUAAGUUCUGCUUACACUGUCGCGGUGUCUGAAGCUAAAAUAAAGAAACGUCAGCUUCCUGAUCCUACGACUGUACUUUAUUAUUUUAUAGAGUGGACGGGUACUUUGAUAAAAUUUUUAAGAGAUCAGUUAUCAAAGAUCCAAGAUUACUAUCACAUAGGUAAUCAAGCGAGUGGUCAUAAUACUCCUGGUAUCAACGGAACAUGCAACCCCUCGUCGUCUUCUAUAAGCAACAACUCAGCAAUUAUGAAUAGUAAUAAUAACAACAUCAAUGGAAUGAAUUCUCUACUGCCUUUAACGCCGAAUGCUCACACAAAUGUAUCAAUGACUGAAGAGCACAAGUUAGCCUUGAAGCAGUGGCACUACAGCAUUCAAUUAGCGAAAUAUAUGUUUGAAGAAGGUUUAUUAGACAGACAAGAAUUACUUCAAUGGAUUCUAGAGUUACUGGAUAAAAUGCGGUUUAAUCCAUCCGACGACGGAAUAUUGAAACUCUUGCUACCGCUAGCGCUGCAGUAUCUCGAAGAAUUUGUACAGUCUGAAUUAUUAGCAAGAAGAUUAGCGUACUUGUGUUGUAGAAAAUUAGCUCAAAUGCUGAGUAACGUUGACAUUAAUACCCCAGCAAGCCCGCCAGUGUUACCAACAGUAAAAGUAGAACUUACAAAUGGAAAAGAAGUCCCAGCGUCAACAACAUCCGCACCAACGGCAUCAACAGGCGGGGCUGCAACUUCAACAAGUCAGCCAGCCGUUCAACCAAUAUCAAAUGCCCUGACAGCAGCAUUCAAUGAUUAUCUAAACUGUCCUCACCAUAAAGACGUGAUACUUUGCCUGUCGGCCAUAGUUCAAGUGAUAACGCUCGAGUGUCCAACAGCUUUAGUCUGGAACAGCGUCGGAGAAGGCAAAUCUCCCUCUGUAUUAAAUGGCUCUCCUUUGGAUUAUCUUCCUUGUCCCCCAGCAGCGUUACCAUGUCCCCCGGCGAGCGCAGCGAAUCCUACGAUGGCUAAAUUAAAACUUGCCCAGGAAAAUAUUAGAGCUAGGUCACAAGCUGCUGAAGGUCGUUGGUCUUGCGACAAAUGGCAACAAAGUAGCGCUGGAAUGACAACAACAAAAGUUUUAUCUGCUCUGGACGCUUUAGAUCGUCAUAAAUUUGAUAAAAUGGAUGUUAAUAAUUCGCUGGACACUCUCUACGCUAAAAUAUUUACCCCACCGAUAAAAGAAACUACUAAUGAGAGAGAAGCAUCCAAGACUGAAUACACACCUCAACAGGAUUCCGCGGUUGUUGAUAUUUUGUGUCAAUGGGCUGUAAGUGCCGAGCGUUGGGGCGAGCAUCGAGCGAUGGCCGUGGCUAAAUUGUUAGAAAAGCGACAAGCUGAAGUUACCGGCGAGAGUAAUGACAACGAUGACAAAGACAGUGUCUGCAGCAAUGGUACUCCGCCGAGUCUUCCGAUAUUUCAACCUUUGUUGAUGAAAUUUCUCGACACUGAUGCACCAAUUCAGGAUAAUUCAACUCCGCAAACGAAAGCACAGUUUACUAAUCUUGUGCAUUUAUUUUCUGAGCUCAUUAGACACGACGUUUUCUCCCACGACGCGUACAUGUGUACAUUAAUAUCCCGCGGUGAUUUAAUUCAGGGCCCGGCUGCGAGUAAACCUGGCACGCCAAGCAACAGAGAGCCCAUGGACGAGGAUAGUUUGUUUCCAGGCAUUGACUUGAAACCAACCAAGCUAGAUCCAGAUCAUGGAAGAGCCAUGGAUUACGAUGACAGUAAAAUCGAUGAUGACUUGGAUAAGCUGCUCCAACAUAUCAAAGAGGAUCAGCAAAAUAGUAUGGAUGCGCCAGACAGCCCUAAAGAUGACGCCCUGGGUGGUCACGCUCCUGAAGGGCUUGAUUCGAGACCGCCAACCAGUCCCAGUCGACAUCUUCUGUACACCACGCAUUUUCCUCUACCGCAAGACGAGUCUUCUAGCCAGCAUGACUGUAAUCAACGACAUGUGCUACUGUAUGGAGUCGGUCGCGUACGUGACGACGCGCGACAUGUUGUAAAGAAAAUGACUAAAGAAGUUUGCAAGCUGUUUGGGAAGAAGUUUAGCAUCGACGUAGCAGAGGGAGGCAAAGUCAAGAAGCAUUCACGAAACGAGUUUAAUUUUGAAGCAGUUACUCAGAAAUUUCAAAAUCUCAGUUACUUUGAUCAGCAUGUUGUAACCUGGCAGUGCGCGACGCAAGUUAUAGAAAUGUUAAAUGGUUUUUCAAUCAACGGAUCUUACCUGCCAGUUCAAGAACACGUGGCUUUUCUUUUUGAUCUAAUGGAACUUGCGCUUAAUAUUUACGGACUAAUAGACGUGUGUAUUCAAAUUCUAAAAGAACUGCCGGAGGUUGAGACUCAAUUGGCAGCAAGAAACAGCCAACUGGUAAGAAGCUACACUACCAGUCUUAGCCUUUACGUCGUUGGAGUCCUCAGAAGAUAUCAUUACUGCCUUCUACUCUCGCCUGACCAAACAAUAUCAGUGUUUGACCUACUCUGCAAGGUAGUGAAACACGUCUCCAAUCCAAGUGACUGCAGUUCAGCGGAACGUUGUAUCCUCGCGCAUCUUUACGACCUCUACUCGUCUUGUUUUCUUCUCAAAAUAAAACCUCACGGCGUGGAGGCAUUCAGCAACGCUUACCCGAAAAUAAAGGCUGUGAUGUUCAACAACAAUCAGACGCUUGUAACGUCAAAUCACCCUUACAAUCCUCAGUACAUGGUCGAAAUCUUGAACAACCCUCGAAGAGGAGGUAAGAUAGAGCCCCAGUGGGCUAGAUCUCUCAACGAAUCGCCAGCGAAUAGAUACAGCUUUGUUUGCAACGCUAUCGUCGCAGUCUGCAACGAAACAGACAAUGAUAAAUUAAACGACAUCGCCAUAACUUGCGCAGAACUCACUGCAUGCUGCAAUGCACUCACUGUAGAAUGGCUGGGAGCUCUAGCUGGUCUUUGUUUGCUAACAGACGGCCUCCAGUCUUACAUUGACUUGCUGAACCAGGUCAACAUCCAAGACUUGAGCAUCCACAACCCGCUCGCCGUCUUCACCUCAAUAAUGAUAGCCCGGCACUGUUUAUCUCUUGAAGACUUUGUGCGACUCAUCGCCUUACCGUCUUUGGUACACGCUUGUAAUCCCUCCAGAGGUGACAGCGACACCGAAGCUGAAUCCCGAGGAAGAUUGACGUCUCACUUGCUUCUUCGGCUCUUCAAAACAGUAGAAUGUCCUCAGCCAGCGUUGUACUCAGUGAGUACAAGCCCGCAUCCAAUUCCUGCGGGAAAUCAGCGAGGCUACAGCAUAAAACUCAGCUGUGAUCGUCAUUUAUUAGCUGCUGCGCACAAUAACAUCCCGGUGGGUCCAGUUCUUGCGGUUUUGAAAGCGAUAUUAGUUGUUGGAGAUGCUACUGCCGGAAAACAACCGCCUAAGAAGCCAGAUGUGCCGACAGUACACUCAGGUAAAGGCAGCGGACCAGCAAGUGUCGGUGGUAGCGCUGGAGAAUUGUCUAUAAGUCAUAUUUUAGGCACCAGUGACAUUCUAGGUGGUGGAGAUGAUCUAGGCUUGGAUUUAGCCAUGUCCUCGUCGAGCAGCAGCGCCGGGCUGUUGUCAGAAAACGUUAAAGGCCUUUCAGAAUUCGCCCAGCAUGUUCUGAGGCAAAUUUGCAGCCAAGAGUGGGUUUUGGAGAGAUGCUUGCAGAGCCCUGAAGAACUUUGCUGUCCUGAUAUGCUGCUUGAUAAUAUGCUGACUGCCAGACAAGCUCAGCGAUUGCUUCACAUGAUUUGCUAUCCAGACACUCCGUCGGACGCUCUUCUUGAUCAACGAACGCAUAUCACCAAUAUAUUGGAAAAUUUGGAACAGUGGAGCCUGAGAAUGUCUUGGUUGGAUCUUCAAUUGAUGUACAAGCAGUUCACUCCCGGGUCUAGUGAUCUGUCGCUGUGGCUGGACAUUGUCGCUAAAGCUGCAAUAGACGUUUUUCAGUUGAACACUUUGACUAAUAAAACUGAAAAAAGGUCGGGCUCUAUCUGGUUGGUCGCACCUUUAGUGUCAAAGUUAUCCAGUGCGGUUCAAGGUAGGGUUCUCAAGGUAGCGGGACAAGUACUGGAGUCGGGAAAUUGGUCCAAGACGGCUGGACGUGAGAGAGGAAGACUUAAAUCACCUUCGCUGUUCAAUCAUCAGCCGUUUUUGUCACUCGUUCUCACUUGUCUCAAAGGGCAAGACGAUCAACGAGAAGGUUUGCUUACUUCUCUCCAUUCUCAGCUUUCCCAAUUUUUAAAUACAAGCAAAGAAGAAAAAAAUGUCGCUUUGGAAGAUCCUAAGACACGUGAAGUACUUCAGGACGCUUUGCAGUUGAGAUUUAGUCUUGUAGGCGGAGUGUUUGAUACGAUACAGAGAAACACUACUGUCACUACAGACUGGGCUAUUUUGUUGGUCCAAUUGGUGAGUUAUGGAGUCAUUGAUUUGAAUAAUAACUCGGAAUUGUUUACUACCGUGAUAGAUAUGCUUGCGACGCUCAUACAUUCCACCCUGGUAUCAGAUUCCCAGUCAGAGAAGGACGAGAAUAAGAAACAUUACCAGAAUCUGAUGAAAAAACUCAAGAAGGAACUUGGAGAUAGAAAUUCUCCGAGUAUCCAAUACGUGAGACAAUUAUUGCCUUUGCCUAAACUCACAAUGGAAGUGAUCACUUGUGAACCCAUUGGCUGUUUGACGGACACCAAGGGGAAUAAAAUCGCGGGUUUUGACAGCAUUGACAAAAAGCAAGGACUUCAGGUUUGUGAUUCUCAACGAGUCUCUGCAUGGGACUUGUUGGAAGGACACAAAAAUCCAGCGCCACUUUCCUGGGCUUGGUUCCGAGCUGUAAAAAUAGAAAGAAAGCCCCUGACGUACCAAAAUGCGCAUAAAUUACUACGGUACCAUAAUCACAGUCAACUGAGGCCUGCGAGUCACUUUUUGGAGCCACCACCGCUGCCUCCAGAGGAUUUGGAGCCGGAUAAAAAAGAAAUAGAGGCAGGAAAAGCAGAUACUCCGAUGAGUGUCGACUCUCCGAGCAGAUUAGGACCUGGCAGUGUUGGACCGGGUCUCGCUAUUGGCGCGGGUAAAGGAAAAGCGAUGAAAGUCACGCGAAGACAUCGAAGAAACAAGGGAUCAGUGACUCCUACUGCUCCUGUUACUCAGCAAAUGCAGCCUGGACCGCCACCAAUGCAGCAGAUGACCUACGUGAAUCAGCAACCGCAAGUUCCUCAGCAACCGGGAAUGUUCCCUGGGCAGGCGCCACAGCCACAACAGCAGUGGUACCCGAAUCAACAGGGUCCUGCACCUCCUCAGCAGUACGGUUACGGUCAGCAGGUACCUCCAGCUCAAGUCGGUGGUCCUCGCUACGAACGGCCGAGUAUAAAUCCGUCGAAACAAGCGCUGUCGAAUAUGCUGCGCUUGCGGUUGCCUGCUAACCAGUUUAUGGGCAACCAGCAACAACCGGCUGCGCCUGUAGCUGGGCCCAAUGCUUUCCAAGGAAUGCAGAGGAACCAAUUUGUCAGACAUCAACUGAGAGCUCAGCAAGGCGGCCCGGGAAUGAAUCCACAACAGAGUAUGUUUACGUCCCAGCAGCAGAAUAUGUACGCGAUGCAGCAGGGAAUGAAUCAAAAUUAUGCUGGCUACGGUGGACAACAGAUGAUUUCUCAGCAGCAGCAAGCUGCUCAGCAACAACAGCAAAACCAGCAGCAGGUUCAACAGCAACAGCAACAGCAGCAGCAGCAGCAGCAACAAAUGCUGCAACAGCAAGCUCAACAACAAGUUCAGCAACAGGGAAUGAUGUCUCAGCAGAGUAUGAUGUUCCAGAAUCAACAGCAGAUGAUGGGUGCUCAGAGAAAUCAGGAUUACAUGCAACAGCAGAGAAUGCAAGCCGGUGUUGGACCUCGACCACCAUAUUUGCAAGCUCCUAAUGUUACGAUGAAUACUAUGGGCCCGAUGGGUGGCGGAGUUCAGAAUCAGCCCGCUCCUCCUUACAGACAAGCUGGAGGUAAACCUACAGCUGUUGGUGUGGGCACUUCUGCUCUAGCCAUGCAGCCUAAUCCUCAAUAUCAGGCACGCAUAAGACAACAACAACUAAUGGCAAUGCAGCAGCAACAGGUUCAACAACAGCAACAAGUUCAACAACAAACAGGUAACGGAGGUCAACAACAGACACCCCAAUUGGUCGCUCAUUUACAAAGACAUCAACAACCUCAGCAUCCUUAUCAGCAUCAACAACCGCCGUAUUGAUAUGAUUGUGUAAUUAGAUAUGUAUACGGCAUUUACUUUGUCAAACCAUUCAUUUUAUUUUGUUCACUGACAAUUAAUGUAAAAAUUAUAAACUAUUUAAAUUUUAUUAUUUAUCCGCAGUAUAAAUAGGUCACGAAGUUUUAUCUAUUUACAAGAUUAAGUAGAUAGAAAUCAAUAGAAAAUAAUUAUUUCGCUAUUAUUUCAAUUAUCGUAGAAACAUUAAGAUUUAUAACGAAAUUCGGCGACUUGCCUUAUUUAAUAUUUUUACAACUAUCACAAAUAAGAUAUAAAUUAUUAUCAUUGUCAUUAUUAUUAUAAUUAUAUUAAUUAUUAUUAAUGAUUUAAACAAUUAUGGUAGCCUAUUAGUUUGCGAAAUGUAUCAUUAAUUUAUCAAUUGUAUAUAUUCACUGCCACCUUUA